UGAGGAAGCACCCCAUCCCCAUCGCGCUUUGCUUUGCUUUGCUUUGCUUUCCAAUAUUCUCAUGCAUCAUAAAGGAAGAAAAGUAGACUAGUAGCUUUCUCGAUCUGCAUAUAAUCUCCAAUCCCAUAAAGAUGGGAAUGGGAUAAGCCAUAGCCAUAUUCUUUAUGCAAAUGGAUAAGAUCAAGCACGUUACGCAACCUGACCAGACAAUAAUUAAUAAGCCAGCUGAAUGCUCUCCCCGAAUGGUACAUCCACAGCGGAGAUGGUCUGGCAAUCCCGAAUAAGAUCUCAUCCGAUUAUUACUUCAUUAGGCUUUCAUGUCUGCUUACCCUUUUCUCGUUUUACCAAUUCCUUGGUUGGUUUCCCCAGAAACUGUUCUAUUUCGAGUUCAGAGAAGCUGCAAGAGAAAGUUGAAGAUAAUGAUCGAUUAGGAUUGCCCUCUUCACAUAAUGACUCAAUUUUCAUCUAUAGAGAGGUACCCUUUUUCAGAUUAGAUGCUUCAAUUAGUUCACUCGAGCAACAACUUAAAAGUGCUAAAGCACAGAAUAUGCCCAAAACUGGGAGUGGGCUCGUAUCUUUUGAUGAGAUGAAGCAGAGAUUUCUGAAUUUCAAGAAGCACAAGUAUCUAGAAGAAAUGGAGCAUUUUCAAACUCUUGCUGAUGUGCAAACACCCAAGUUUAUGGUGAUUGCCUGUGUAGAUUCUAGGGUUUGUCCCUCUAAUAUUCUUGGAUUUCAACCUGGAGAAGCUUUUAUGGUCCGAAAUGUUGCUAACAUUGUCCCCCCACUUGAGAAUGGACCAACAGAAACUAAUGCUGCCCUUCAGUUUGCUGUAAAUACUCUUGAAGUUGAAAAUAUAUUCAUCAUUGGUCAUAGUAACUGCGCAGGAAUUCAAGCUCUCAUGAAUAUGCAAGAUGAAGAGAACCAUAGCUUUGUUGAGAAAUGGGUUGCUAUUGCAAAAAAUGCAAAGUUAAGAACAAAAGCUGAUGCAAAUGGCCUUAGCUUUGACCAGCAAUGCAAGCACUGUGAGAAGGAAUCUAUCAAUCUUUCGUUGCUGAACUUGCUAACAUACCCGUGGAUCGAAGAGAGGGUGAGGAAAGAGACGCUCUCUGUUCAUGGAGGAUACUAUGAUUUCUUGAAUUGUACAUUUGAGAAGUGGACUCUUGAUUUCAAAACAAGAAGCAGUGGUGGCCAUGGCAGUAUAUUCUCAGCCAAAGACAGAGAGUUGUGGAGCUGAGUUUCUUUGCAUCUUCCUUCAUCCCAGAAUUUGGAUUCUGCCAUUGCAAAGACCAUGCUGAUGUGAACAGAAAUGCAUUCAAAAGAUUGUAAAUACAUUUGAUUUAUUGUGAUAAAUCAAUCAUAUACAAACACCAUUGCCAACUGAUCUAAGUAAACCCAUUUAGCUGCUGCAAGAAUCAAGUGUAAAAGCUAUUUGUAGAAUUUAGAACUGUAAAUUUGAAAUCUAUAUAAUAUUCAACAUUUAUACA